AUGCAAUCGGAUCUAGAGAGACACGCUGAACUUGUCAAGACAUUGUCCGAGUUUGACUUGGUUGACAUUGGCGAAAGAGUGCCUGAAAUGCCUGCUGAUUUGAAAGACGCAAAGAAUAUCUUGGUUACCGGUGGAGCAGGCUUCAUUGGCUCUUUUCUUGUUAGAAAACUAGUUGUACUAUAUCCAGAAUACCACAUCUAUGUUAUCGACAAGCUGGACUAUUGUGGAUCAUUGCAUAAUCUAAAGGCAGUAAAAGAGUUCCCCAACUACACAUUCGUGAGGGGAGAUAUCACUUGCGUUGACUUCAUAACCUUCUUUCUCAAGGAAAAGAAGAUUGAUGUUAUCUUUCAUCUGGCAGCACAAACUCAUGUCGAUAAUUCCUUUGGAGACUCUUUUGAAUUCACAAAAAACAACGUUAUGGGUACACAUGUAUUACUAGAGGCAGCUAAAAUUAGAAAGAUUAUGAGAUUCAUUCAUGUCAGUACCGACGAAGUGUAUGGCGAGAUCAUCAAUGGACCAGACUGCCCAGAAGACACUAUUCUACAACCUACCAACCCGUAUUCCGCAACCAAAGCUGCAGCUGAAUGUCUUGUUAAAGCCUAUCAUAUGUCAUUUGGACUGCCCAUCAUGAUUACCAGAUCCAAUAACGUCUAUGGCCCAUAUCAAUUUCCAGAAAAGAUUACAUCGAAAUUUGUGUGCAGUCUGCUCCGAGGAAAGAAGUGCUAUAUUCAUGGAGAUGGACUCAAUUCGAGAAAAUACCUGUACGCUGCAGAUGUGGUUAAUGCAAUUGACAUUAUUUUCCACAAGGGCAUGGUUGGUGAAACUUACAAUAUUGGUUCUCCAUCAGAAAUAUCCAAUUUGGAAAUGGCCAGAAGAUUGAUCUUGCUGUUUGGAUACAAGGAGGACGAAAUCAUGGAUCAUAUUGAAUUUGUCAGAGACAGAGCACAUAAUGACAAACGCUAUGCUAUCGAUUGCACCAAAAUAGAGAGACUGGGGUGGUCUCCAAAAGUCAAAUUUGACGAAGGCCUAUUAAAGACAAUUGAUUGGUAUAGACAAUGCACGGAUACAUGGUGGGGCGACGAUAUCUCUAGUGCCCUUAUCCCUCACCCAUUCAAAGUGAUUCCUUCCUAUGAUGUAUCCACUGUAGAAUAG